AUUGGCUUCCUGUUUCACCGCCACAGGAAGUGGAUGUCAAAGAGGCGACAAGGUGCAUAGACAUCUUUACAGCGUUUUUCCAAUACAACCAAGUCGUUUCCAACUAUGGAUAAAGACUACGUUGGGUUUGCCACCCUGCCCACCCAGGUCCACCGAAAGUCUGUGAAGAAGGGUUUUGAUUUCACUCUGAUGGUGGCAGGAGAAUCUGGACUGGGAAAAUCCACUCUUGUCAAUAGCCUUUUCUUGACAGAUCUAUAUAAAGACCGUGUGCUUCAAGAUGCUCAAGACAGGAUUCCCCAGACUUUGGAAAUUGUCAAACAUGCCAUUGAAACUGAAGAGAGAGGGGUGAAAGUCAAACUGACAGUGAUUGAUACCCCAGGAUUUGGGGAUGCAGUGGACAACACUGAGUGCUGGAAGCCAAUUGUCCAUUAUAUUGAUUGCCAGUUUGAACAGUAUUUUCGUGAUGAGAGCGGCUUGGACCGCAAGAACAUUCAGGACGGACGGGUUCACUGCUGUCUAUACUUCCUGUCACCUUUUGGACAUGGCCUCCGCCCCUUAGACAUUUCAUUCCUUCGAGCCAUCCAUGACAAAGUCAAUAUUGUGCCAGUGAUUGCAAAGGCAGACUGCUUGACUCCAACAGAGGUGCAGUGUAAGAAAGAGAAGAUACGACAUGAGCUACAAGAAAAUGGUAUCAACAUUUAUGAGUUCCCUGAAUGUGACUCAGAUGAAGAUGAAGAGUUCAAAGCUCAGGAUGCUGAGAUGAAGCGCAGCAUCCCCUUUGCUGUCAUUGGAUCUACUCAGGUGGUCAGAGAGCUGAAGGACAAAGUGUUCAGGGGAAGGCAAUAUCCCUGGGGGACAGUGGAAAUGGAAAACUCUGCUCACUGUGACUUCCUCAAACUCCGAGAGAUGCUGAUUCAAACCCAUAUGCAGGAUUUAAAGGAUGUGACCCAUGAGGUUCAUUAUGAGAACUACCGUGCACAGUGUAUUCAGAGUCUGACCAGAACUGGGGCUCGGGAUCGCAGCAGCCGCGCCAAAUUGUCCCGUCAGAGUGCUACUGAGCUGCCACUCUUGCCCCUCGCCGAGACGGAGAAACUGAUUCGUGAGAAGGACGAGGAGCUUCGUCGGAUGCAGGAAAUGCUACAGAAAAUGCAGGUGCAGAUGUUACAGAGCCAGGGGGAACAAAGCGACAGCCUCUAAAACACAACAGAACACUUUUGUCAUAUUGUUAUAGAAAUACUAGAAGAAAGAGGAAAAGGCAAACACUCCAUACUACUUCUGCAUAGCAAGGACCCAAAGAGGUCCAUGAGCUUUGGCAAAGUCUGUGUCUGCUCUUUGCUUUUCAGUAAAGAGAAUA